AUCGAUCCUUCCGUCGCGUCCACCAUAAGACCGAACCGGCCACCACCCCUCCGGCCCCACCGCCUGACACUCCCACGCCACACAGCCGCGCCCAAAUCCCCCAAAACCCUAGCCCCGAGGAGGAGGAGGCGGAGGCGGCGGCGACCAUGGCUGCCGCAGCGGCGAACCUGGCGGGCCGGCCGGGUGUGCGCGUCGUCGUCAUCGGCGACCCCGGCACCGGCAAGUCCAGCCUCGUCGUCGCCGUCGCCACCGAGCAGUUCCCCGAGAACGUCCCCAAGGUCAUGCCCCACACCCGCCUCCCCGCCGACUACUUCCCCGACCGCGUCCCCAUCACCAUCGUCGACACCUCCUCCAGCCCCGAGCAGAAGCCGAAGCUGAUCGCCGAGUGCCAGGCGGCGGACGCGGUGGUGCUCACCUACGCCUGCGACAGGCUCUCCACGCUCGACCGGCUCAGCUCCUACUGGCUCCCGGAGCUCAGGCGCAUCCAGUUGAAGGCACCUGUCAUCGUGGUUGGGUGUAAGCUGGACCUGAGGGACGACCAGCAGAACAGCCUUGAGCAGACGAUGGCGCCCAUCAUGCAGUCGUUCCGUGAAAUAGAGACCUGCAUCGAGUGCUCCGCGCUUCGCCAGAUCCAGGUGCCUGAGGUCUUCUACUAUGCCCAGAAGGCAGUGCUUCACCCCACAGCUCCUCUAUUCGACCAAGAGGCACAAUCUCUAAAGCCACGCUGUGUGAGGGCUUUGAAGCGGAUAUUCAUUCUAUGUGACCACGACAGGGAUGGAGCUCUCAGUGAUGUGGAGCUCAAUGACUUUCAGGUCAGAUGUUUUAGCGCUCCUCUCCAGCCUACUGAAAUAUCAGGCGUGAAGAGAGUUGUUCAAGAGAAGAUGCCCGAAGGCGUAAAUGAUAGUGGCCUUACAUUGACUGGAUUCCUUUUCCUUCAUGCUCUUUUUAUUGAGAAAGGUCGUUUGGAAACUACAUGGACAGUAUUGAGGAAAUUUGGUUAUGAUAAUGAAAUCAAGCUUAGAGAUGAAUUCAUUCCAACGUCAGUCAAGCGAGCUCCUGAUCAAACGGUGGAAUUGACAAAUGAAGUGAUUGAUUACUUGAAAGGAAUAUUCAACAUGUUUGACAUAGAUAAUGAUGAAGCUUUGCUACCUUCUGAGUUGGAUGAUCUUUUUUCAACUGCACCUGAAAACCCAUGGACUUCUGAUCUAUAUAAAGACUGUGCUGAAAGGAAUGUCUUGGGUGGGCUAUCACUUGAAGGAUUUCUUUCUAAGUGGACUCUUAUGACACUUUUAGAUCCAGCAAAUAGUUUCGCGAACCUUGUAUAUGUCGGCUAUUCGGGUGAUUUUAAUUCAGCAUUCACCAUCACGAGGAAAAGACGAGUGGACCGUAAAAAGCAGCAGACUCAAAGAAAUGUGUUCCAGUGCUAUGUUUUUGGUCCCAAAGGUUCCGGAAAGACUGCAUUGCUACAAUCAUUCCUUGGAAGGCAACCUUCUGAUGCUCUGCCAACUAACAGCGACCGGUUUGCGGCAAAUACUGUUGAACUAUCUGAUGGGAAUAGAAAAACACUUGUGCUGCGAGAGAUUCCUGAAGGUGAUGUCAGAUCAUUGCUAAACAACAAGGAAUCCUUGGCACCCUGUGAUGCGGCAGUCUUUGUUUACGAUAGCUGUGAUGAAUUUUCUUGGCAAAGAGCAAGAGAUUUGCUUGUGCAAGUGGCUUCACAUGGAGAAAACACAGGCUAUGAAGUCCCUUGUCUGAUAGUUGCUGCUAAGGACGAUCUUGAUCAAUCUCCAGUGGCUCUACAGGAAUCAACCAGAGUGAGCCAAGACAUGGGAAUUGAAACACCAAUUCCCAUCAGCGUGAAGUUGAAAGACUUGAACAACAUUUUCUGCAGAAUAGUUCAUGCGGCACAGCGGCCCCAUUUGAGCAUUCCAGAGACUGAAGCUGGUAAAACACGCAGGCAAUACCGUCAACUUCUCAACCGUUCCCUCAUGGUUGUUUCAGUUGGAGCUGCUAUAGGUGUUGUGGGGGUAGCCGCGUACAGGGUUUAUGCGGCUAGGAGGAACUCGUCGUCGUGAAGCCCCCCUCCCUCCGGUGCAGUCGGGAAAUAACGUGCAACAGGCAGGUUCAUCGUCGAUGAAGUGGAUCGUCUAGCUUGAUGUUUAUGUACAGUUGCGUCAUCAAAGAUAACUUGUACUACUGCGUGUUUGAGUUUCGGAUGGUAUAAUGUACGACAGUCAUCAGGCAACGUUAGAUUCUUUAGCUGAUAAGACUGUCAUGACUUGAUUUGCUCUGUUAGAAUUUCACCUCUGUCCUAAACUUUUGUCCACAUUUUCCUUUUGAUUUCCUCUGAACAUUUUAUAUGUUUAUUUAUUUUGGCGUUGGGGAUGCAGUUGGAACCUUUUUGCUU